AUGACUUCUUCGCCUACCUCCAGUGACACCCAUCUUGACGGUAUUGAUAGGCCCUUCUAUGAGGCUCCCUUCCAGAAUACAAUCACGUCAGGAACGGGCUGGGACAAGACUCUACGCAAAAUCCUUCAUUCGAAAUAUGCCAUGCAGUACUCCUCAUAUAAGGAGAUAGUAUCUGCCUAUGCUGAGAUCUUAGAGCUGUUUGAGGCAUCGAAUAGUAAUCUCGUGGGAUCUCAUUACCGCUCAUAUCUUAAGCAAAUACUGUCCACCGCUGAAAUCUUCGUUCAAUAUAGCAAAUGGUACCAAGAAGCCUUGCCUCUAGGACAACUGUCCAACGACAUUCAGCAGCCGGUAUGGAACGGUCGGGAUAUCUCAGAGUUCGAUGCCAAUAUGCGCCGUCAAAGUAAGAAUAUGAGCUCGAAAAUUGAAACCGAGAUUUCUCUAUUCAGAGAUCUGACGGGACUCGAACAACGAUAUAAGGAAUUCGAUAAUAGGAGACUUCUUGGGUUCAUUACCAGAGUAUCCAAGAUUAUGGCAGAAAUAUCCAUCGCAAUAUUUGUCUGUAUGACUGUAUUGGCCGUGGCUCUACCUUGGCAUUGGAAGUUUAUCAUAUCUGAGGCAGUGUUUGCCUUGGCUAUCGGAGCAGUACCGUAUCUUGGAUUUGACGUGUCCAAACGCAUGCAGAGAUUUGGUUUCGCCGUCCAAAACUUGUACAUGCAUUACUUUCUAUUCAUUUGGGGCUGGAACGACUUGAGGGCGUUCCUGACCUAUAUAGCUGAAUCAGAUGGCCCGGUAUCUGGCCUGAAAGUUGUAAGCGAGUUUUUAAGGGCUUUCCAAAAUUCGUUUUGUGGGGGAGAAGAUGAAUUACAACUCCUGCAGGUGCGAAUAUCUGCUUCAUUAGCAUAUGGCACCAAGGAAGACCCCUAGUUUUGGCGGCUGAUUGGUUGCGGGAGCCUUCCGGGAGGAAGAUCUCAUGAGCGCUUGUGUCGAAUUACCUUGUCUGCUUAUCAACUGCCAUUAUCCUUAAUAACUACUAGUACUUGGGCUGGGACGAGCUACUUUCGUUACACAUUGGUUCGAUGCGCAAUGUCAGUACUACCUACAUUUCACAUCUUCCCCUAGGUACAGUUCGCGGAAAGUUUACCAUCGUGUCCACUGAGAGAUCCCGAAGUUAGAAGAGAUUUGGCAUGUAUUCUAGGC